AGCUACUAGUCUCUAUGGUCGCUGGGAGGCCGGAAAUGCCGUCUAAGGGGUAGGGCUGAGUGUUUUGAGCGAGGCGGGCGAGUUGUAACUGUGCAGGGGAGCAAGUAAGCGCUUAUGGCUGGCUCAGCCGCUGCAAGCAGCCGUAGCGCCUCUCAAGUGUACGAAAUCUACAACUCCAUGGAAUAUGGGCCUGUCCCAGAGGGGACUGGGGCAGCCCAGACUGCGGAUCGCCCUAAAGUGCCCAGAACCCGGGCGGCUACUUGGAGCCACCGGGAGACCUUGGAUUUCCUCGCCUUGUGGGGGGAAGAAGGGAUCCAGGCGCAGCUCAACCGGUGCCACCGGAAUGCCGACGUCUACCAGUGGAUCUCGGAGCGGAUGGCGGAGAAGGGCUAUUUCCGCGACGAAGAUCAGUGCCGCACCAAAGGCAAGGACCUCAAGAAGAGUUACAAGCAAGCCAAGCUGCAAGACGGCAUCGCCCGCCAACGGUGUCGGUUUUUCCACGAACUCGACGCCAUCCUCGGCACGGGCAGCAGCAACCCCGGCGGUGGCAGCAACAACGCCGCUCCUUGGUGCCAGGUGGUGAUCAAAGAGGAGAGCGAUCCGGAGCUCGAUCCGGAUCAAGAUCUCCAGGAGGACGAGUAUGCGUGGACCCAGGUGUCCGUCACCGACGGCAGCGAUCUGGACCCGCAAGGCGAGCCCUCCUCCUCUGUCGCUGCUGCCGCCGCAGUUGCUGCCGCCGCUACGGCCGCCUCUUCCUCCUCCUCCUCCCAGACCUUCGGGGGGUUGCUCCAUCACGAAGACGUCGUGGCCCCGAUCCUCCAUCACCACCACCAUCACCACGCCCCAGGGGGGAUCAUCAAAGAGGAGAAAAGCCCCGUGCGCGAAGAGCCCAGCCUCCAUGGGGGUGGAGUAGGGGGGCCCUACCUUUAUGCCCAAGAAGAUGCUCAUGUGGAGACCCCCGGAGGGGACAUCAUCAGGUCGGGGGCGAUGGAAGAACCCCUCCUAAGGCAGGAGGCCCGGGUGCAUUUGGAAGCCCCUUGGAGACCUGGGCUAAACAGGAGAGCUUUUCCCAGACCACGAACCCUUCUGAGCACACGAGAAAAGUUGGCUCAGCUCCGCAGCAGGAGGAAAAGGCCCCGGGAUGACAAGUUUGAUGAGCUUGUGCGGGACAUUCGGACCCACUUUCGGGAAAGGGAGAAACUGUUCCAGGGACUAUGGGAAGAGGAGAAAGCCCAGCGGGAGAAGGACCGAAGGUUGUGGACAGCGGAGAUGGAUUGGAUUCGGCAGAUGUGGGCCAAGAGCCAGAAAGAGAGAGAGGCCGCUGGAGAAGAGAGGGAGAAGAAUGGGCCUCGGCAGGUCAAGGAAGAAAACUGGAACCAGGACCUCUGCAAAGAGGUUGAAGGGGAACCUCUUAAAGAGGCCAGCGUUCAAGAGCCCCUUCUGCUAAAGGCCUGGCUGGAAUCUCACGGUCGUAGCUUUGGACAUUUCAUCAACGGCCAAUGGUUGAAGCCAGAAGGAAGGGAGACCUAUGCUACCAAGAAUCCCACCACAGGGGAGGUCCUGGCCACCACCCUCCAAGGCAACGGAGAAGAUGUGAACACAGUUGUCGACGUUGCCGCAAAAGCCUUUGAAAGCUGGAGCCAAUUACCUGGCCAUGUUCGCGCCCGGCAUCUGUACAAUGUGACCAGGACCAUCCAGAAACACCAGCGGCUGCUUAGCCUUCUGGAGAGCCUAGAUAGUGGGAAGCUAGCCCGGGAAGCCCGGGAUGCAGACCUUCCUUUGGUCGUCCGGCAUUUCUACCAUCAUGCCGGCUGGGCCCAGCUGAUGGAGGUGGAGAUGAAGGGCUGGAAGCCUCUUGGUGUCGUCGCUGCUCUCAUUCCUCGGAAUUUUCCUUUGUUGACUCUGGCUUGGAAGGUGUGUCCAGCGCUGGCCAUGGGAAACACGGUGGUACUAAAGCCAGCCAGCUCCACCCGGCUGACGGCUCUGCUCCUGGCCGAGGUUUGCGCCCAGGCUGGGCUGCCUCCUGGGGUCCUCAAUGUAGUCACGGGAGACCAGGGCCUGGGAGAGUCCUUGGCGGCCCACACAGGCAUUGACAAAGUAGCUUUUGCCGGCUGUUCGGAGGCAGGACGCAGCUUGCGCCGUGCCACAGCUGGGACUGGCAAGAAGCUUUCUCUGCAACUCGGAGGGAAAUCGCCCUUUAUCGUCUUUGACUCAGCAGAUCUCGAUAGUGCUGUGGAUGGGUUGGUAGAUGCCAUCUGGCUGAAUCGGGGACAGGUCCACAGCAUUGGGACUCUGCUGCUGCUGCAGGAAUCCAUAGUCAAAGACUUCAUUCAACGCCUGAAGCGCCGAAUGGGGCAGCUCCGCGUGGGAGACUCUCUAGACAAGGCGGUGGACUUGGGAGCCUUGGCUGAUGAGAAGCAGCGAGACACAAUCGAGAGCCUUGUGGCAGAAGCUCGGGCCGAAGGUGCCGAGAUCUUCCAGGCGUGGGCCUCUCUCCCAUCGAGUAGACUCUUUUAUCCCCCUACCUUAAUCACUGGGGUGUACACUACCUCCCGUUGCGUCAGAGAAGAGAUCUUUGGGCCUGUUCUGGUAUCUUUGACUUUCCGGACAGCCAAAGAGGCCGUGGCAUUGGGGAAUAGCACCCCCUAUGGAUUAGUUGCCAGCGUGUGGACAGAGACCCUUCCUCUGGCUCUGGAAGUUGCUCGCAGUUUACAGGUUGGGACUGUUUGGAUCAAUGGGCACAACAUGUUGGAUGCCGCAUCUGCUUUUGGAGGAUGCAAGGAAAGUGGCUACGGUCGGGAUGGAGGCAAAGAAGGCCUUUAUGAGUACGUGAGACCAAACUGGGACAGCCGGCCGCAUCUCAGUGCCAUGGAUGUGAACUACAAAACCUUUGCUACCUCACAGGGCGUUGAGCUCCCUCCAGUUCUUGGCGAGAACAGAGUUGCACAUUCCAUAACAUCUGACCCAGAAGGAAACGUCCCAAGCGUGGACCGAACCUACAAGCUAUACUAUGGAGGUGCCCAGAAGAGGCCGGACUCCAUGAGUUCCCGAGCAGUCCUUGACCACUCUGGCAAAAUCAUGGCUUAUGUGGCAGACGGAAGCAUCAAAGAUAUCCGCAAUGCUGUGGAAGCAGCUCACAAGGCUGCUCCAGGGUGGGCGAAGCAGACGGCUCACGUCCGGUCCCAGAUCUUGUACUACCUGGCUGAGAAUCUGGAACUCCGUCGAACUGAGGUUGCAUCACGACUGGAGGCCCUGACUGGUGCAGGGGGAAAGGUGGCCCUGCGGGAAGUGGACCUCAGUGUCCAGAGGCUCUUCUACUGGGCAGCAUACUGUGAUAAAUAUGGUGGGGCCGUGCAGGAAACAUCUUUAUAUGGUGCUUCCCUCCUCUUUCGGGAGCCCUUGGGUGUGGUGGGAAUUGCCUGUCCCAAUGAACAGCCCCUGCUUGGGUUUGUCAGCCUGCUGGCUCCAGCUGUGAUUCGUGGCAACAGCGUGGUGAUCAUCCCCAGUGAAUGGUACCCCUUGCCUGCCCUGGAUUUCUAUCAGAUAUUGGAUACCUCGGACGUCCCUGGCGGUGUGGUAAAUAUAAUCUCUGGAAAUCGGGACCAUCUGAGCCGGGGCUUAGCUGAGCAUCAAGAUGUACAAGCCGUAUGGUACUUUGGCUCUAAAGAGGGUUCCGCGCUUGUGGAAUGGGCCUCUGCCGGGAACCUGAAGAGGACUUGGGUGAACUACGGGACAGAGCGGCGUUGCUGGAACGAGCUCCAGGAGGGGGCUGGGGAAGAGUUUCUCUACCAGGCCACACAAUGCAAAAGUGUUUGGAUGCCCAUGGGUGACAUAUUUGCCAACUGAGCUUCUGGACCGGAGGACUGACCUGCACGGCGCUUGUAGGGGUGGGACCUUUGGGACUGAGAAUAAAGAUGGGUAGUUUUC